UUUGUAUUAUUGUUCAUAGAAUUAUGCCACGAUGGAUCCAAGUUCGUAAUACUCCUAGAAGAUUUGAAAUAGUUGAAUGUUCUGAAUGUUCAAUAACCAUUGCAUGGUAUAUAAAUGACCAAGACGACUGUAUGGAGUAUGAGCUUGAUUAUCGAGUUCAAGAAACAGAUAAAUGGACUGUCACGACAUUUUCUACUAAAGAUGUGUUGGCAGAGAAAGAUGGACGACGCAUGUAUACACUUCUAAAAAUUUUGCCUGAAACAGGUUAUGAAAUAAAACUGUGUUCUAUUGGUUACCAUGUAAAAAGCCAUUAUACGGAGUCAAAGGCAAAGCAGACACUGAAACGAGUUUUGCCAGAAGCUAUAAACCAAUUAUCAGAGGGAGAUAAAAUCAGAUACAAUACGCUUAUGCAGAGUUCGAAAAGUGAAAAAAGGUAUUUUGUAAGAACUAUGAUAGUUGGUAAGGAAUCGGUUGGAAAAACGUGCCUCUUGAGAAGAUUAUUGAAGGAAGGCAUAUCUGAUGUUACCAGUACAGACGGUGUUGAUAUUGUUGUUCGUAGAUGCAAAAUCAACAUAGAUGAUGGAACAUGGAUAAUCGGCAAAGACAUGGAUGAUGAUAAAGUAAGCCGGAUUAAGAGAGCACUUAUUCCAAAUGCCGAGGACAGAGACACUAAAAUUAUGCAGGUAGAUGAGACGAAGAAUAUAAAUAGAAGUCAAAUUGAUGACAUGUCUACUUUUAAAAAUGACACGUCAACCGACGCAGAGGUUAGUCUGGAUAGGAAUCAGUCUUCAUCAUUUGUGAUACCUGAGGAUUUUACAACCGACGCAAAUGUUAUUCUGGAGAGAAAUGAAGAUAAGAAUGAAUCUUCAUCUUUGGUUAUGUCUGUGGAUUCAGCUACCAAUGCAAAUGUUAAUUUGAAUAAUUAUAAAGAAAAGAAGGAGUCUUCAUCAUUGGUAAUGCCAGACGAUUUGAUGGCUAAUGUGUUUUCUAAAGCAACUGUAAAUACACUUUCGAACCUUUAUGCAUUAUGUGAAUUAUGGGACUUUGCAGGACAAAAAGAAUUUUAUGCUACACAUCAAGCAUUUUUGACCAGUAGUGCAGUAUACCUUGUUGUUGCAGAUAUGAAGAACGACAUAAGUAAACAAGGCUUAAGUCAGUGUUUUGCCGAUUUUCAGCAUAUUGGAGAAUAUGUUGAUUUUUGGUUUGAUUCUAUCCAUUGCCAUCGAACGGCCGACGAACGACUUAGUUAUGGGCACUUCGAUCCUCCGAUUGUAUUAGUUUUCACUGGAAAGGAUAAAUAUGAGAAGGAGGCAGAUUUUAAGAAGAGAGAAAAGGAACUUACUGAUCAAAUGGACAAAAUUUUUGGACUUCAAAGCAAAUAUCAUCACUUGCACAACACAUUUUAUCUGUCAAAUACGAAAGAUAUUGACGAAGUUUUUGAAAAAUUGCAAUACGCAGUAUACGAGACUGCACGGAAAAUGGAUAUUUGGGGAAAUUCUUUUCCGUUAAAAUGGAUUCUUUUAGAACAUUUGAUUGAAAUCAAUAAGAACGAUGGAAAAAAUUUCAUCAAUUUUACUGACAUGAUCAAUCUGGCUAAACAUCCUGAUAUCAAUUUACUAGAAAAGGAGGACUUGUUGUUGUUUCUUAGAUUUCAGCAUAACGUAGGGAACAUUAUUUUUUUUGAAAACAUACCGGAUUUGAUCAUAUUAAAACCUCAGUGGUUAGCAGAUGCUUUCCGAUGUUUAGUCUCAGAUAGAGUUGAUAACAGGAGAUUGUACCACCUUGAGGACUGGACACUGUUUACACGACAAGGCAAAAUAAGUGAAUCGUUAAUAACAGAACUCUUCGAAUCAAAAGAUGGAAGUCAGUUUUCAGGACAGAAAAACAAUUUACACAAAGUUAUGGAAAGGCUUGACAUAUUGGUCAAAAUUGAGAACUCAAGUUAUUAUAUAAUGCCAAGCAUGAUGCCGCCUUCCACGUUUGAUGUUGUGUGUGAAAAAUUUGGCAUUCUUACACACACAUGUAAAAGGACUUCUUGGCUUUGUUUUAAAUUUGAAUUUCUCCCACCUUCUUUCUUUAACCAUAUAUCUGCCUGGUUUAUCAGAAACUACUACUCAAGCAAAGUAGAGGGUGGUAUUGCUUUAUAUCGUGGCAUCUGUAUGUUUGACAUUGAUGGCUCUGGUGGUACAAAGAUACUAGUUACCAUGUCGACUGAUACAAUUGCUCUUCAGCUUGUAUCGUUUUCCGAAGAGGAGGGAUUCGUUAUCACGUGCAGUGAUAUCUACAGAGAAGUGAAACAACUAAUUGAAAAUAUAAAAGAGAGAUAUAAGGUGAAAAUAUCUUUUAAACUCCAUUUCAAAUGCAGUGAUGGCUAUUAUUUUCAAGACACAUUUGAAUAUGAGAAAUUGACAAGUGAGAAGGAGUGUUUCUGUACUCAACAUAAGCAAAUGCAUCAAUCAGACCAGAUAUAUUCGCCUUGGAUGAAUAAUGAGGUUAAAAGGAUUCCUGUCAGAGCAAACAUAGGCACUAAGCAGGAUUACCACAAUCCAAAAAAUGAACCAAACAAAGAAGAAGAAUUUACUCGGAAUCAAGAAUCUGUCAAAACAAACCUUCCUGUUUCUGUCAAUUUGCGUAAACAGUUAAAUAUCAUAAAGCCAAAGGAUGAAGAUCUGAACAUUAAUAGCUGUAUCAAAACAGGCAAUACAUUAGUGUUUGUCGACUUUAGUCAAAUCAGACUUAUUAUUUGUAAUUCUGACGGUACUGAUAUCGAUCACAUUUCUCUGUUCUAUAGACCAUUUUAUAUGACACAGAUAGAUAGUUAUACUGUAGCAGUAUCCUGUAUAUUUGACAGAACCAUACUGAUAAUAAAUAUACCUACAGGUUCUGUCACCACCCGUGAACAUAUAGAUGCACAGGCUUUCCUGAAAUUAAAAGAACAAGCUCGUAUGAAAAAAGUUUUAGAAGAUAAACUUAGUGAAAAUGAAGAAGCCAUCACUUCUGCUAUGAACGUUUCUUAUCAUCUAGCAGUGAAAGAUCAACCUAAAAGCCAGUUUUCUGCAACAAUUGAUUUAUUAGACUAUGCAGGGUUAGACUUGUCAUCUAAACUUUGUAAAGCUAAAAAUGCUACUGAUGUUAGUCAGGCAUCUGUAACUGAAUAUCAGUCAUGUAUUGCAGAAAGUAUUAUGUCAUAUAUUGUAAAUGAUGUAAAUAAAUCAGAUUUUUAUUUUGUUAUGGUAGAUGAGAGUACUGAUAGAGCAAAUAACAAUCCACUUCUAUAA